GAGCCAGAGGGCCCGGGGCCUGCCUCUCCUAUAAGCCGAGCUGCCUUCCUGGUUUGUGCUGGGCGGGUUCACUUGCUACCCAUCUCGCGUUUCAAGGAGGCUCGCUCGCACUUUCGGCGCAAUGGCUUUGGAGCGGUGGGGAGAGCUGCUGUCUUUCCAGGCUUUCCAAAGCAGACUCCCCCCGGGUGCCGCGUAUGGCUACGGCGGGGAGAGCCCACAGGGGCUGUUUCAGAGGGAGUUCGCCAGGCUAGGAGGAAUUACCUACCUUGACCAUGCAGGCACAGCCCUAUUCCCACAGAGUUUACUAAAAGCCUUCACUGAUGACCUCAAUGAAAAUGUUUAUGGGAACCCUCACAGCCAGAACAUCAGCAGCAAGUUGACAUAUGACACAAUUGAACACGUCCGAUACAGGAUAUUACAGCACUUCAAUACCUCUGUAGAAGACUACACCGUCAUUUUCACUUCAGGCAGUACAGCUGCACUCAAACUUGUUGCAGAGGCUUUCCCCUGGAUGCCUGAAACACUAGAGGAUCCUGGCAGCCGGUUUUGCUACCUCACAGAUAGCCACACAUCUGUGGUGGGCAUGAGAGGGAUCACUGACAGAAUGAAUGUCUUGUCUAUUCCUGUGAAACCAAAGGAUAUGUUGUCAGGGGCAGAUGACAUGGUGACUGAAGAGAAGAGCUGCAGAACAUCUCACCUUUUCUGUUACCCUGCUCAGAGCAAUUUUUCAGGGACUAGAUAUCCCCUUGCAUGGAUAGAAGAGAUAAAAUCUGGGAAGCUCCAUCCUGUCAAGGUCCAAGGGAAAUGGAAUGUACUCUUGGAUGCAGCAUCUUAUGUCAGCACCUCUCUGUUAGACUUAAGCGUUCAUCAAGCAGACUUUGUCCCCCUGUCAUUCUAUAAAAUGUUUGGAUUCCCCACUGGAUUAGGUGCCCUGCUGGUAAAAAAUGAAGUUGCUUCUUGCUUGAGGAAAAUUUAUUUUGGAGGGGGAACUGCAGCUGCCUACCUUGCAGGAGAGGAUUUCUUUUCACCGAAACAAAUAGUGGCUGAAAGGUUUGAGGAUGGAACCAUUUCUUUCCUUGAUAUUAUUGCACUAAAGCAUGGAUUUGAUGCCUUGGAAAGACUUACAGGUGCAAUGGAGAACAUAAAACAACAUACAUUUGCUUUAGCUCACCACACCUAUACAGUCCUCUGUGCAUUAAAGUAUCCUAAUGGGGCACCUGUUGUGCACAUUUACAGUGAUACGGACUUCAGCAGCCCAGAUGUGCAGGGUCCAAUAAUUAAUUUUAAUGUAUUGGAUGAAAACGGAGAUAUCAUUGGUUAUUCACAGGUAGACAAGUUGGCUGGGCUCUACAACAUUCACAUACGCACAGGAUGCUUUUGUAAUACUGGAGCUUGUCAGCAGCAUUUGGGGAUCAGCAACGAUGACAUCAAAAAGAACCUGCAGGCUGGUCAUGUUUGUGGAGAUGACAUAGAUGUAAUCGAUGGACGUCCCACUGGGUCUGUGAGAAUCUCAUUUGGCUAUAUGUCUACAUUUGAAGAUGUACAAGCCUUUCUCAAGUUCAUUAUAACCACCAGGCUCUUGGGCUGCAACAUGGUUAAUUUUCCAUCUCCAAAAGAUACCAUUUCAGAACUGAUAACAACUCCCAGGGAGAAUGGUCACAAUUGUGUGAACAACAGUGCAAACACGCUGCCUCAAAAUAGGAUCAUCGGGGACUUUCAGCUUAGUACCAGUCCUGCUUCCAUGAUGAUGCCAAUCAGUCCACAUUCAGAAAGGGGCAUGGCUUUGGAGAAUUCAACAAAAGAAAUGCCAAGUGACAGAAAGCCAGUUACUGUCACCAACAUUUAUCUCUAUCCAAUCAAAUCAUGUGCUGCAUUUGAGGUUAUGCAGUGGCCCAUCGGAAACAAAGGUUUGCUUUAUGAUCGUAACUGGAUGGUUACAAAUCAGAACAGAGUUUGCAUUACUCAAAAGCAGGAACCAAAACUCUGCCUUGUGCAGCCCUUGAUUGACCUGGAGAAAAAUGUGAUGAUCAUCAAAGCAGAAGGGAUGGAUCCCAUAUCUGUAUCCUUAGAAGAAAACAGUGAAAGUCUGACUCAGACCUGCCAAAGUAAAGUCUGCUCACACAGAGUGCAGACAUAUGAUUGUGGAGGAAGAGUGGCUGAUUGGUUUUCUGAGUUUCUUGGCCGGCAGUGCCGUCUGAUCAGGCAGAGUUCAGACUUCAAAAGAAAUGCUAACAAGAAAGAUGAAAAAGGAGAGACCUCAGCUGUAGCUGCCUCACUCUCUCUAGUAAAUGAAGCACAAUACCUCCUGAUAAAUAGAACAAGUGUUUUACAGCUGAGAGAUCGGGUUGCUGCAAGACUAGGUGAAUCACUUCCCCCCCAGGAACUCGUCCAUCGCUUCCGUGCCAACAUUGUUGUCAGCACAGACGAGCCGUUUGAAGAAGAUCUGUGGGAGGAGAUUACAAUUGGCACUCUGCAUUUCAAGGUUAUUGGGCCAUGUCACAGAUGUCUGGUUAUCUGCAUUGAUCAAAAAACUGGAGAACGAAACAAGGAAUUUCUUCAGAGCCUGUGUGCUACUAAAGAUAAAAAGACUAAAUUUGGAAUAUACCUAAUGAAUCAUCCUGAGAUACAGUUCUCCCUUCCAGAUACCUUGUCAGUGGGAUCUCCAGUAUUUGCAGCAGUCAAGAACAUAAUCACAUUUGCCAUCCACUGAAGAGCAAACAUCAAGAUGACUUCUCAGCUAAGCCUGCAUAUGGAGCUGUCUUUCAGUUUAUUCAUAUUUGUUCUAAACAGCGACAGUCUUCCCCAAUACUAUUAGUAAAAUUUCAAUUGUAUGUAAACAUUCAGAAAUUAUAUGCUGCAGCUCAUCAAGCGGAUCACUUCUUCCAGCUCUGUAUAGUUGAUUUUGUGUGUGUGCAUAGGACAGGAUCACAAGAGACUUGUUGCAGGGCGAUGAUGCCAAGUAGUAAAUUUAAAACCAUCAAAACAGCACUUCACAAGUUACAUGCAAAAUAUGGGUUGUAAUAUUGAUUUCUUUGGGGUGUUUUUCACUUGAUCACACAAAGGUAGGAGACAGGAUAACAUGAAUGGGAUAGAAGAAUCCAAGAAAAUGAUACAGUUCUAUGAAGUUGCUGGAUAUCAAGUUAAGUUUCUCAAAAAGAAAAAGGUACAGGAUACAACAUAGGGGUCCCCUGUAAACUGGAUAGAUGGGGCUCUUAAACUGUUGCGUGUGUAUUCUGGAAUGAUAGACUGAAAUUGCUGUUUAUACAUCAUUAACAUGGAAAUGAAUGUAAUCUUUUGAGAAGCUAUCCCAGUCCCAACAUCAUCGCUCCACCCUUGUUUCACAUUCUUGUUCAUGCUGGACUGGAGUAACAGAUGAAAUCCCAGAAGCUGGCUUUAAUACAGUAAGUGGGACCUGCAACAAACUGUUGCAGUGUAGAGGCUCCUGAUUAGGUUUAUAGCCAGAUACUCCAUUCUAUUCCUCUUCCUUGUGGUUUUCCAUUCCCCCCCUCUCCCAACAGUCAGUUUUGUGCCCACUGAGUGUGUCAUUGGACUAAGGCUAUGGUCCCCUUAAGGUUGCUUUUCUAAAUAUUUUUGUAUUUCUGUAAACCUUGGAGUUUCUCCAAACCUGCUGAUACCUUCCUGUUAUUGUAUGUGUGGAUGCUGCUGCUUUGACUACAUAAAGAUCCACACUCAGAUAAUUGAGCUUGCUGUUAGUAUAUGGAAUUACAAAAAUGAUUUAAGACUCAUGUGCUCUGAUCCAAAGGAAACCAAAUUUAGAUACUGCUCCUGCUGAAACUUUUCACCACUGAAGGAAGUGGUGAGCAUGCAAUAAUAUAGAGAGACAGGUGUCUAGCUUGCAUAAACACAGAGUUUGCACAAUUUGUAAUUAAUACUUGCAGUCAGAAGGAUGAAAAUAUUGCCUUGUUAUUUCCUCCUAUCAAAAUCUGUAAUUGCUUCAUCAUUUAAUUUCCUUCCAUACCAUAAAAAUAGCGCUUUAUUUUGUGUGUCUAUGCACUUGUGGCAAUUCAAGCAUGAGGAGGCCUGCUGUUUUGUGACCCUGAAAUGAUCUUUGACUUAUCUCUCCUCUGGCAAUAUAUUUGCACAGUGAAGAGUUGUCUUUGAAUAUUGUGCAAAGGUUACAAAAGAAAGCAGCGCAGUGCACUGUUAGCACCGAUUCACACUUUUUCAAGGAGAGGUACCAAAAAUGUGUUAUAUACAAUGAAAAACUAAAGUGUGAACAAGUUAUUUUCAAGUUAUAGGUCACACAUGCACUAUUUGUGUCUGAUCUGCAUAACUUCAUUUGGACUUGGAGAGCUUGGUUUGUUUGUAAUUCUCUGUCAAGUCAAGUGUUCUUUGGGUGGCAAACCCAGAUGUGCUGCUGUGCAUCAUGUGAAACCAUCCGGAAGGCAUAACCCCAUGUUCCGUUGAAGAGGCUGACAAUCUCAAUUUCUGUCAUAAUACCUUUCCUCAGAGUGACAAACAAUUUUAUUAAUGCAAUGUGAUACUGUAUGAUUUUUUCAGAAAUGUAUAUAUCGAGGUGGUUUUCUUUAAAAGCUUACAGAAGUGUUCUAAUUUCAUAUUUAUUUUCCACAUGAUGCUCUGUAACCUGGACUGUCACUGGUACGAAAGAAAGCUUCCAUUUUACUUACCCCAGUAAAAAAAAUUUACCUCAGAGCCAAUGGCAUAAACUAUAAUGUUGGUUCUAGAAACUGGACUAGCGCUUAACAUCAUUUUUGCAAGGCAUUUAAGGGUUGAGAUGCACAUUAUGAGGGAACACUGUAAUAAAAGUAGUGAUAAAUAUUUGUAGUACUAAUGUGGGGGCAGGGUAGAAUCAGCAGGUAGGAAGGGGUCUGUUUAACCCUUCCUGUAACUGCUGGUUUUUUUUCCUGCAAAUGCCUUCUGCUGUCUGUUUUUAACCUGGUCCCCCACCCCCAGCUGGGAUCUGAGAUCAGAAAUAAGAUGAUUAGGAGGACAUUAACCUGGCGUGGGAGGAGAACUCAUAGGUGCAGAAGAGAGAAGCUGCCUGCCUGCCAACAGAUGCCACUCCACAGCCUAAUUCAUGCAUUUGUAACUGUGUUUCUGUACUUCCAUGUACAAUAUAAUACUUGAUCUCUGAAAAACUCAAAUAGGCUCGGUAAUGUAUCUAUUAGAACAUCUAAAAUAUUAAAUGUAAUGUUAUUAUAUAAUAGCUAGCAAUCAUAAAACAUUAUUAAAAACCAUCAUAUAUGGCAAUAAAAUAUCCUUAAUACAUUCCUUGCAUUCAAAUUCUAAAUCUUUCCCAAACGCGUUUCAACCAAGGUCUUCUUCAGUGGGUACUUUGGAUUUUUGAUAGCUGGAUGUUCCUGAGCUCCAUAGGCAUUUUUAGAUCUUGUAUAUAAUAAAUCUGACCUACACCAUAUAUUGUACAAUCUGUAUCUUGCUUAGUCUUUUAAUUUGAUGAAUGAAUAAUAAACUCCUUGAAGAUGAGGCCUCUCAAAUACAAUAGAAUUAUUUCAUUAGCACUAACAUGUAAUAUAGACAGAACAGAUCAUAUUUCAGUAUUUUAAGAAUCGAGAAAACUCUCUUCAGAUAUUUAGAAAUCAGUUCACGUGGAAUAGCCAGGACUCUGCUAGGCAGAAGAAAUGAUGACCUGGUGUAUCUUCCUGGUUAUGCUUCUCAUGAGCACAGAAGCCUGUUUUUCAGCCAGAGUGUUAAUGUGAAUUGCCACUGAUAAAUGGCUGUAACAUCUAGGAAUGUGCCAAAUCAGACAUGGAUUCCUCUAUGUGGCUGUGUCCUCAAGAGAGAUUGGGUUUGCUUAUGUGGAACAAUACAUAAAUAGCACUGUUAGUUCUCGUAGGUAUCAUAUAUAUGUAAAAAUGUCCAUUACUAGACCUGUGAAUCAAUACUCUACAAGGGCUACUAUAAUGUUUAACAAGAUAAUUUAAGCAGAACCAAAGGGCUUUAUUUUAUUUAUUUGAUUUAUAUCUUGCCCUUCCUCCCAGCAGGAGCCCAUUGUCCUGAUAGUCAAGAAUUCAAAACAUUUCCAAAGUUUUAAGGAUAGACACACUGAACUCAGGACUUGUCCCCGUUAAUGGGAACAGUAAAAAUACAUGAAUGUAACUUCAGUGCAGUUUAUUGUUUUUGUAUCCCAAAUUCUCUGCCACCACGUUAUUUAAUCUUUGUAUCAGUAGUUUUCAAACUUUAAUAUUUCAAUCAGUUUGUCUGCUGAGGACCUCCUGAACAUCUGUGAUGGAACAUCUCUGUGUUGCAGAGGAUUUGGGAGCAUGCUGUAGGGUGCACAUUCAAUUUGCAUAGGAUACAGGCCAAGCCUGUUAAGUCCAACAGUCAGCUGCCUCAACUGAGAGUGCACCUAGAACAUACCCAACAACACUACCAGUUUUCACCUGCAUUGUGAGCCUAAAGGAGAGGUGGGUUACCUGUCUUUCAAGGAAGUCUGUAUGCUAUUAUUGAACCUCUCACAGAAGAACACCUGAUAAGCUUCUGAGAAGCACAGCUUGAAAAUCAUUGUUUGAGAUGGGGUGGUGUUAACAGAAGACAGAGAGAAGGUGGAACUACUCUUGUUUAACCUCAGUCUUCUCCAGCAAAAAAAAUGUGCCCAAUCUAGUAAAAGUAGAACAAAUAAUAUAAGGAGGAACUUACAGCCCAGGACAAAUAAGGAAAUUGUCAGAGAACACCUAUCUGCUUUAAAUGAGUUCAGCUCUCUAGGUCCACAUGAAUUCCAUCCCAGGCUGUUGACAGAGCUUGUGGAUGUUUCAGAGCUGCUAGCUAUAAACAGAAUUCUUGGUGUCAGGUGAGAUUUCAGAAAACUGCCAAUGGGCAAAUGUAGCCCCAAUUUUCAAAAGGAAGGGAAGAUCCAGGAUACUACAGAUUAGUCAGCUCUAUAUUGAUAGAACAUAUUAAUUAAGCAGUCUGUGAACAUCUUUUAAAAAAUGUGUUAAUUACUAGAAACUACCAUAGGUUUAUCAAGAAUAAAUCAUGCCAAACCAACCUUAGCUCCUUUUUGAUACAGUUAUUUACUUUGACAGAUCAUGGGAAUGUCGCAGACAUAGUAUAUCUUUAUUUCAGCAAAGCAUUUGACUAAGGCUGCAGUCCAAUGCAUGUCUAGUCAGAUGUAAGCUCCAUUGGAUUCAAUUGGACAUACUCCCAGGUAAUUGUGUAUUGGAUUGCAGCCAAAGUCUCCCAUUAUUUUCUUAUUUUCUCCUUCCCGCCAUUAUUAUUAUUUAUUUCAUUUGUUAGUGGCCUCAUACUCCACAGUCUCCAGGCCAGUCUUUCCUCUCUCACUCAUCUCUGCCUUUCUCCUUCCUGAUGCAUGCACUGUUCCUGUUCUUUCCUUGUUCAUGACAAGGCGUCACCACCACAAGUACAAAACAAUACAAGAUUGUGUCCUUCACUUGCAGUACUCAAGGACUGUUUAGCUUUCUAUUUGUCAAUGGGACUUCUGCCUAAACAUACAGUUUGUGCAAUCCUAUGCAUGUUGGUUCCGCUGUGUUCAGUGGGGCUUACUCCCAUGUUCGUUUGCAUAGCAAUGCAGUCUGUGUAUGGAGAGUUUUCAUGCAUUCAUCUGUUGUGUCACAAGUAGCAUAGUUAAUUCUUUACCUAAUUUGUGGAAUGACACCGGAUUUCCCCAGAGGUAUUUUACAAUAAUCUGGAGCUUAUUAAGCAUAAAACGAAGAAUAUGUCAGAAAAAACUGGUUGUGACACUUCACUUGAGUGGCACACUUGACCCAAUUGGAGUAAUGAAAUGGAAUGCAGAGCUUUACAUAGCUACAGUCUGGACACAAUGCUGAGAAAAUGCCAAGUACUAAAUUGAGAUAUACUUUUUAUCCAUGUGAUAAACUAGAUUUGUGUACUGUUGUUUAAACAAAAUCAUUUUACUGUAUGUCAAU